UAUUAUGUCAAGGCGCAAUGAGACGACUGCCUUGCUCGCGGAAUCAUCUCAAAUCUUGCAUCAAUCGAGACUGCGUUCAACAUCUCACAUGGCGUUCUGACCUCUUACCGCUGUUGCUCUUCCUACACAGGCCAGUGCUCAUUCUAGACAAGAUGAUGGAAUCGCAGGGUUCUAAGCAGCUAUCGAGCGUAUUGAUGACGACCAGGGAGAGGCUUAAUUCGAGAUUCAUGACAAGUGAUGGUGUGAAAACGGCAUAGGCAUACCGUGAACUCAUGAUCGAAACGACUAUAUAUUUCACGAUAGUGAACCUCGUUCACCGGAUCACUCGACUUGUCAAAAGAUUUUGCCAGGCUACCUUGCACCGAAUCUACUCUCGUCAUCGCAUAUUCAUCCUCAAGAGUCUCAGCUUGAACUUCUGAAGAACGUUCACCAUGCAUCUGUUCACUACUCUCACACACUUUCUCCUACUUCCGCUGGCUCUCGGUCUUCCAGCGCUGGAAAGUUAUCCCAAAAAGCCAGCGAUCGUUCUUGUUCAUGGUGCCUGGGUUACGAGGGCAUUCUGGAACGUCACUACUUCCGCACUACGCUCCUCUGGUUACCGCGACAUUGUCACACCUGAGUUCAUCAGCAAUCACAUCAUAGAGCCACCAACAGCCACGCACCGUGAUGAUGUAGCGCUUGUACAAAAGGAACUCAAGAAAUUAGUCGAUGCAGGAAGAGAUAUCGUGGUUGUGAUGCAUUCUUAUGGGGGACUAGUAGGAAGUGACUCCAUCGAAGGAUUCGUCAAGAAAGCGGGCUCGUCCAAGGGAGGCGUUGUUGCAGCUGUGUACCAUACUGCCUUCAUCGUUGAACCUGGGAACAAUGUUCUGGGAUCCUUUGGUGACGGACCGUCACCAGACUUUAUUGUUCCACACCCCGGAAACGAUGCCUAUUUCGACGUACAAAACCCACGAGACGUCUUUUUCAACGACUUGUCUGACGCUGAUGCCGCACACUGGCUGCCUGACAUUCGGUCCGCAGCGGCGGGCACAUUCACCUCCAAUGCCCAGUAUGCGCCGUGGAAAGAUGUUCCCUGUGCUUAUCUCUUUGCCACUGUUGAUAACGCGAUUCCGCCAGCCGCACAACAUGCUUUCUUUGAUAAUGUGCAGGCUGAAUCUAAAUUUGCAUGGGUGACUGGCGAGGUCAAGGGUGGACAUGCGAGUGCUAUCAGCCACGCAGGCGAUGUCGCUAGCUUUAUUGAUACAGUCGCUAGAAAGUAAGAUUUUGGAGCAGGAAUUGGUAAAGGGGGCAGGAUGGUUACGGGCUGACAAGGCGGUUCAUACUCGAGUCGGUCGAAGAUGGAGAAGCAUACCUUGUGCUUCCUGAUAGAUUGGUUUCAGUGUUUACAACGUGUCAUCACCGUCAUUACUGCUGAAGAUAGCCAAGUAUGAGUCAAUCCGUAUCUUAUAGUCUUUCUUAACUCUCUGCUUGUCUUUUCCGUAUUCAAACAUACACGAUCAAAGCUUUUUUUGUCGUCCCAAAAGAAGAUUAGAUGGAAACUAUGUGCCGAGAGUGACCACUGUGUAUUUUCUUCGGUGUAGUGUUUGAGCAGAAC